AUGCGCGACCCAACUGACCGGCAGCUACGGAUGACCUUGGAUUGUCUCUCCGACCGGCUUUCACGUUGCGAAUCCCAUCUACUCGACGUAGUAUGGGACGUUGAUGGUCUGAGCGAGAGUGCUGCAGAAUCUCUUUUCGCUCUCCUGUCUAGGCAGGCGCCAUUCACGCACUGGAGGUCGCUGGAAUUGUGGGACUGGUCAUCACCUCGACUACAAACCACAAAUAUGGGUGACUUUCGAAACCUCGAACAAUUGGUCAUCCGGCGCUAUGCACCGGGGCGAUUCUUGAAGGCGAUUCACGAGUCUAAGACAUCCAAGCUUCGGAAACUCGUCAUAUUAGAGGUGAUUGCGAGCGAAUGGAUUCGUACAGAGGUGCUUGACCUCAUAAGACAAGUCUACCGACUUGAACUGACCGAGCUGCCUCUCUCCAUCAAGUUGCCGACGAACGUUAAAGAGCUCAAGACCUCUUAUCUACCUUUGGUGACAUUUACUCAUCUUAAAUUACUUCAUUUCAUCACUCGUUUUCAUCCCCUUGUCUUCAGUGACCUCAGUUUCCCAAAUCUCGUGUCCCUGACCAUCACAUUCGAGGAUCGUCCUCCUUGCUUCCGGGGAGCGGUCAACUUCUUCGCUCUCGAGUCUCUCACUCUCGAUGGGUCAGUGUUUGACUCACUCGCUUUCAUAUCCGCACCACGCCUCCGCAAAUUGGCAAUACGAGCAUCUGUGCACUUUGCCCCAUAUACGAGCCAAACAACAAGCCUUGUCAGAGUACUAUCCGAGACCGAUUUUUUGCUCUCGCCAUCAGAAGAACUCGACCUGGGGUUCCCCGUGGAUUCCAAGACGCUCACUCUAGCGCUAGCGAAGAUGCGGCACGCGGAGACCAUUCGGAUCAAUAUGAGUUGCUUAAAAGAAGAAUGGCGGGGUAUAGUCGCCGCUAUAACAACGGUAAAUUUCGACCUCAUAAAAGCGGACUCGUCUCUCAAUACGAAGUGGCUCGUUCUCAAUCCGGAUUCAGGCCUCGACGAACUCGAUACUGGCUCAAGGAGAAAGCUUGAGAAGGAUAUCUCGGAGAGUCUUGGGCAGACGGGAAUCAAUGUGAUCAAGAUCACUUCCCCGAGUGGUCACGGCAUAGAAAUGCACUUGGAGGAUAUAUCUGGAUUACAACAGCGCUAA